GUCCCCACAUCUCCCCACAUCUUCCAAAUCGCAAAAUAUUCGCCUAAAGAAAGGACUAACCACGGAGCAACAAUCCUUCCGAUGGACAUGAGAAGAUUACUCCAUGGACUCCAGAGAGAAAAGGAGGGGGCGAGAUCGCUCUUGAUACCAAUAUCAGCCUCUGUCACCGCUUCCUGCUCACCUUCUGAUGAACGGCACCACCAGAUAGAUCCUGGUCUUGGUAUUUAGCAUACCUACAGCAUCAUGUCUUCCGCAGGCCGCUCGUCAACGGCAUCAUCAAAGAUCUCCAUACCCCACCCAAAGGGUCCGACCAUCCAGGUCGAGUUCGGAGGUCAGAAGGUCGACGUACCCAAAGGCGGUUACUACGACCGUUAUCGUAUGAACCCGAACCUGGAAGAGGUGGCCCGCGACCCGGCUGUAGGACACGACAUUGAUUUCUUCCGGAAGAUUCCAAAGAGGCUGGUCGAUUCAAGGGUAGGCCAGGUAUACGCACCCAACUUCUACUAUCGCACUAGAAGCGUCCAACUCCUUUAUCUGGCGCCCCUCGACCGCCUGCAGUCCAAGCUCCUGUCACCCUUGGAGCCCAUCACAGCAUUACCCGGUUACGGGUUAGUCGCGUUGACGUUUUACUCGUACCUUGUCUGUGACAAUGAUCCUUAUAAUGAGGUCUCGAUUGCCAUCAUAGUCCGUCAGCCAGGUAAAGGAAGUUACAGUACGACCCAGCUACUCAGCUCUAUGUGGAACCGAACCUUCUACGGAUACGUGUUGGCUCUACCUGUUGAUACCGAGAUCGCUCGGGUUCGAGGUGUAUAUGGAUACCAACUGCCUAAAUGGUUGGCCAACAUCAAUCUGGAGAUGGACAAUCACAACAUUAAGGCCGACAUCACCGCGGCUGAUGGGACACCCGAUCUGACUCUGGAAGUACCCCUUCCAGCUCUGAAGACUAUCCCGUCGCAAUCUUCGAUCGCGACCAACAAUGCGAUCAACAAGAUUGACGGGAAAUGGUACCAGGUGGCGGUCCAGGCGAACCCACUACUGGCGGCACAAUGUCUCUUCCCGAGAAAUAUCAAGCUCUCUCGGAGCAAAGGUCCAUUGAGUAAACUCCUCAACGAAUUGGGUGUUUCGACCAUCCUACGGAUGGACGUACUCAGGGAGGCGCAGAUGAUCCUUAACAUGCCCACACCUUUACAGGCGUUCGAUAAUGUCAGGUCAUAAAUAUCACCACACGGCCUUGCUACCAGUCAUGUGACGACGACGCUGACUGUGCUGUGUGACUUUCCGUUAAGGAUGAGACACUUUAGGGUGAGACUGAGCCGGUGGAAAUUGUGGUCUUUCCGAAGUGCUUCUGUAAGCUUUCGCACAAUCAAAACUGUUUGAACCUUGCAGUAUGGCGCCUUAAA